AUGGACAGGUUCCGAGAAAAGCGAUGCCAGAAGAAGAUGGACCAGCUUCCUGCGGAGCUGAAGGAGGGCCUCCGGCAGUGGCAGGCCUUCCUGGCCUCCCGGCAUCCGGGGAACCCAAAUCCUGCCGAGGCCGAGGCACUGUUCGCGGAGUUCGCACAGUUCCAGCCCUUUUAUGCGCAGCAGGUGCAGCAGUUCGUGCAUGCCCACGGUGGCAGCACAGCUGGUGGGGCGGCCUACAUGCAAGGAGGCGGUGCUCCUGCGCCUCAGGCAGUGCCGGUGCGGGUCGCAGCUGAAGUGUGA